AUGAAAACAUUUUAUCUUAAUUAUGUUCCAGGCGAUGUUAGCGGUUUGAGACUGAUCGAAGUGAGGAUCGAAGAGCACACCGUGAGAGGUAACACGACAACCCUCGAGUGCCGGUAUGACCUACAGGGAGAAAGCCUCUACUCAGUCAAAUGGUACAAAGACGGCCACGAGUUUUACCGUUUCGUGCCCAGGGAUCAGCCCCCGGCACAGCUCUUCCCACUCCCUGGAGUACACGUCAACCUGAACGGGUCUAACGAUUGGAAAGUAGCCCUGAAGAGAUUGGAUCUUUCGAGCAGCGGGAGGUACAGAUGCGAGGUAUCGGCGGAAGCUCCCUCUUUUCAGACCGUUUCCGGACAUGGGGACAUGAUAACAGUCGCUAUGCCGGAGGAAGGACCGAGAAUAAGCGGUGGAAAGCCGCGCUACCAAAUCGGUGACACCGUCUCCGUCAAAUGUACCUCCGGACUUUCAAAACCGGCUACGCAGCUUAUGUGGUUCAUUAACGGCGAACCGGCGAACAGCACGUUUGUCCAUGGUCCGAACGUGUCGUACAUCGGCCGAGAAGGGCUUGUCGAGACGACGCUGGAUCUGAUGUUUCCCGUCGAACGAAGGCACUUCCGCCGAGGUGAUCUGAAGCUCAAAUGCCUGGCGAGCAUCGCCACAGUUUACUGGCACUCGAACGAAGAGAGCGUCGAAGGCGACCGGCCCCAACGACCUCCAGUUCUAGAAGUAAAGGACAACCAACCCCACUCUUCGAGAGCCGACAUGGUCCAAGUUUUGCUCGGCUGGCCAAAAGCGGGGAACACACUUACCCGAUGCAAUGCUACGCGACGCCACCCGAUGCUACCCGACGCAAAUCCAAAGUCCAAAUUUCCAUAAUGUUGUAUUACCCCCGUGCACAUCUGCCCAAUGCCACCCUACACCCUACACGCCUGCGACCCUACUCUACGCUAUGCGAUCCCCACGAGUCCAGAUUUUAGCAUCGUGUACCGUUGAAGACAAAAGAACCAGACACUCAUAUUUUUAUUUAAAAUUACAU